CUGCCCCCUCCACCUCAGAAUCUACUACCGGUCGGUGCUGCGGAUGUGUGAUGCAACCAGCUGUAAGGAUAUUUUCCCAACUUUUCCCAACUAGUUACGAGUUUCUCACAAUCAGAUGCUCCACGGCAGAUUGGAUUAGCGCUUCUGUGUCUGUCGCUCGCUGCUUUGUUUUUGGUUAAACCGUCACUUUUCUCUGUCUUCUUCUUCUUCGCUUGCUAACGUUAGCAACGCAGCUAGCAGCCGAUGGUGUUUGAUUUUACUCCUCUUCUGGAGGAUUAUUCGCUUCAGGUUCGGUCUGCCGUUUACUCCCAUUUGUAAGCCACAACCCCCAACUACCGGACCUCCCUGUUAUGAGUAUAUUUUGAAACCCCGGCUGUCGGCGGAGUCACGCCACCUGUACCUUCUUGUGUAGCGGAUCUACAUUUAAAUGGCCACCGCAGCCCCCCCUCCAGCCUCUGGCUCCACCGCGGCCACCGAAAACCCGAGUCCUGGGUCCAGCAGCUCGGCCGCGGCCGACAGCGGCAACCAGGACAGCACCUUCGAGUGUAACAUAUGUCUGGACACCGCCAAGGAUGCAGUGAUCAGCCUGUGUGGGCACCUCUUCUGUUGGCCUUGUUUGCAUCAGUGGUUGGAGACCAGACCCAACAGACAAGUGUGUCCAGUGUGUAAAGCUGGCAUCAGUCGAGACAAAGUUAUUCCCUUAUAUGGUCGGGGAAGCACAGGUCAACAAGACCCCAGAGAAAGAACACCCCCUAGACCACAAGGGCAAAGGCCUGAGCCAGAAAACCGAGGUGGAUUUCAAGGGUUUGGCUUUGGAGAUGGGGGUUUCCAGAUGUCAUUUGGAAUCGGUGCCUUUCCAUUUGGUAUUUUUGCCACAGCUUUUAACAUCAAUGACGGAAGACCUCCUCCAGCGGCCCCUGGGACUCCACAGCACAUGGAUGAGCAGUUUCUGUCUCGACUCUUCCUGUUUGUUGCUCUGGUGAUUAUGUUUUGGCUGCUGAUUGCAUAAAAGCACAGAUACAGAACAUCUUGGUUCUUGGGUUAAGCUGAACGAUUUGACAAAGAUGAGACCUUAAGACACAUUGUCACGGUUUGUGUCAACAUGAUUCUGCCUCCAUACGUCUUUUUUUUUUUUCCCCUCACCAAGCCAUGCGAGAUUUGAAUGAAGGAGGUUUUUCCAAAAUAAAUAUGUGUGCUAAUCUAAGAAAAACAACUUUUUAAAGUGAACUAUGUAACCUUGGCUGCCAUUGUCAUCAGGUCUUUUUCAGACCAGACAUUUUGACUUGUCUUAGUAGGAAAAGUGACAGUUAAUGUUAUGAUCUACACCUGUUCUUUUCCUGCUGUGACAUUGAAACAUCUUCCAUGAAACAGGCAUCUUUUAACCUCUUGCAAAGAAUCCUACUGAGUUACACGCUGAGUCCAAGAUGCGCUUCCUCCAUGUUGUUUCUCAGUUCACUAAUGUACUAAGAAUGUUCUUUGUUUUAAUCUAGCUCUGCCUGAUCUUACAAAUUACACGUCUCGUUACCAAAAUCAUUCACGUUUUGUGGAAUCAAAACAAUGUCAGACAUUGUCUCUUUAUUUUAGAUGAGAUUUAAAAGAACUGUAUUGAUGCAUAAAACCAGUUGAAAGAUUAAUUUAUGAAACAGUGUUCCUCUUAUAUUUUAUUUUGCUCCGUAUGUCACUAUAAUUAAAUGUAAAAUACUGUAUUACAGAGUUAACAUGGAGAUUGGUUAGUUAACAUGAAACCAUUUCUCUACAUGUGAAUUCACUCUAUUGACAGUAAAGUUAUGUAAAUAAAGAUGUUAAUCAUCA